UUUACAUUAUUAGACUGUACAAUACAUGAAUAUAAUAUUCUAGUAAACAAUACAUUGUUUAUUAAACUAAUCUAGUGGCAUCAUAAACAACAUACACAUCAUUAUAUUGUGCAGCUGUUUGCAAAAAAGGAGAACAAAAACACAAAUUCAUAUAAAAUAUUUAAAUACAUGCAGAAAAUGAAUUAAAUAUAAAUAAAUAUUACUUAUACUGUAUAUUUUCUUUUCAUAUAGAUGACCCCAUCUUUUUUUUUAAAGAGAGAGAGAGAUAUGUUACAGUAGUCAGUAAGUUGUGGUCUACGCUUUUCUUUUUUCUUUUAACAUCUGUAUACUUGCUGUUUAUUGCAGUGCCGCUCCGCAGUCUUUACCAUUUACUUUAUAUACAGAUGGUCAUCACCAAGAAACAAAGUCAUGGCUUCAAAAACAUAUCUAUAAUCGACGUAUAUCUCGGCCCACUGAGGCAAAACAGAGCAUGAUGUAUUUCAAUACAACUCAUUUGGCUCUGGACUUAAUGUUAACUGGCACUAUACAGUUAAUUAUUGUGUUGCCUGUUUACUGUGCUGUUCUGAUGUUGUUUCCUCGUUGAUACAAUUAGUCAUCUCUCAAAAAUGUGGUAUGACCUGCCAAAGAUUGUAGGAGUGGCUUGUGAGCUCUCUUUAAGGGUGUGCAUGAAAUAAUUAAAUGAACAUUCUUCUCAUUAUUCGUGAACACAGAAGCAGAACAUCAACAAAACAUAACACACUACCACAAUUUGAAAAGAGAUAUAUAAAUGUAUCAAGUAUCUUAGUAAUACAAUAAAGUCACCAAUAGGAUACUUUAUUUGAAGUUAUUUGUAAUACAACUUUAAGGAGUGAAACAUUCUGUCCAAAUCAACGAGCAUCGAUGAUGGGGAAAGUGGCUAAAAUGAGCCCGUGGGGAUUUAUGCACAAUAUGAUUUGAAACAGAAUUCAUGUCAGUGACUCGACGCAGCUGGUGUUGCAGUUUAAUGUCGGUUAGAAGGCUGAAGUGGUUGUGUUCAGUCGGAACGCAGAGGUUUAAUGGCGAGUUGUAAAGUUGAAUUCAACUCGCUGUGAACAGGAACUCCGAUGCGCUCAUAGCCGUAUAAGCAACGUCGUAACUCACACGUUUAGUUUAUCUUUUAAGUGUGCCCCAUGGUUUCUAAAUGCUUAAGCGCUCACUCUUAUACGACCUCCAUAUCAAACUAAUCCAACACUAAAGCGAGAAUAGAGGAAAGAAGCAUUACAAUCAUGUAAACCACACGUAUAGAAAUCCAUUCAUACUUUUAUUUUGAAGGGGAACAAACGGAAUUGGAAGUCAACUUGCUGCUGCCUUCACACUUCUGUUUCUCGGUGUAAAAUCGAUAAGUGAUUGGCAUUCCUGAUUAUUUUGGAAGUAUAUUAACGGGCUCCCAGAAGGGCUCGUCAUGGCAUUGAAAAGGAGAAGGGCGACAUCCCCCUCUAGCAGUGUGAGUGGAGGCGAUUUUGACGAUAGCCAGACUUCAUCGUUAAUGUCUUCAAUUGGGAGAAAGAGGAAAAGGACCUCAAACAUUCCAACUGUGGAUCCUAUUGCUGUUUGUCAUGAACUGUAUAAUACAAUCAGAGAUUACAAGGAUGAUCAGGGCAGGAUGUUGUGUGAGCUGUUCAUCAGAGCCCCCAAACGAAGGAAUCAACCAGAUUAUUAUCAUGUGGUGUCUCAGCCUAUUGACAUGAUGAAGAUCCAGCAGAAAUUAAAGAUGGAGGAGUAUGACGAUGUUGAACAACUCACUCGUGACUUUCAACUGUUAUUCAACAAUGCAAAAACAUAUUACAAGUCUGACAGUCCUGAAUACAAGGCAGCCUGUAAACUUUGGGAUCUUUACCUGCGAACCAAAAAUGAAUUUGUUCACCGAGGCGAUUAUGAUGAUGAUGAGGAAGAUGGAUACGAUGCAAACGACAACCCCGGGGGGUCGACUGAGGAUGAGGCUGCACCUACCUGUUUGAAAGAAGUCCUUGAGCAGCUUCUUGAUGCCGUGGUGUCUUACACUGAGCCCACUGGCCGUCUGGUCAGCGAGCUGUUUCAGAAGCUUCCAUCCAAAAUGCAAUACCCGGAUUAUUUUGCCAUCAUUAAGGAACCAAUAGAUCUGAAAAUCGUUGCUCAAAAGAUUCAAUUGAGCAACUACAGGAGUGUGAGUGCCAUGGCUAAAGACAUAGAUUUGCUGGUCAAGAAUGCCAAAGCCUACAAUGAGCCUGGAUCGCAAGUGUUUAAGGAUGCAAACACCAUCAAAAAGAUUUUUGCACAAAAGAAGUCUGAGAUGGAACAUGGCGAACCAAUCAAGUCCAGCAUUCGUAUUAGAAGAUCUGCCCAGGGAGACCGCCUCUCAGCUAUCACCAUGGCUCUUCAGUACGAAAGUGAUGAGGAAGGCAUACUCUCGGGUUCUGUCCACUACGAUGAGGGUGAAUCUGAAGCAGAGAGUAUGACCUCUAACAUGGACAUGAAUAAUCCCAUCUUCCAGCUCUAUGAGGCUGUGCGAGGUGCCAGGAACAGCCAGGGCCAGUUGCUCUCUGAGCCUUUCCUGCAGCUGCCCUCCAGGAAGGACUACCCCGACUACUACCACCAGAUCGGCCAACCCAUCUGCCUCCUACAGAUCAAGAACAAGAUGAAGAACAAUGAGUAUGAGAGUGUGGAGCAUAUUGACUCUGAUCUGAUGCGGAUGUUUGAGAAUGCCAAACGCUACAAUGUUCCUCACUCCUCCAUCUACAAACGUGCACUCAAACUCCAACACGUCCAACAGAUGAAGAGAAAGGAGCUGUUGCAGAGAGAUGAUGACGAUGGAGACAGCAUGCUCUCCUCUGCCACGUCUGACACCAGCAGCACAAAAAGAAAAAGUCAGAAGAAUACAAAGAAAAACCGAAUGAAAGCUCUCUUUGCUGCUGUGGCUGAGGCACGAGAAGCUGGAACUGGACGCAGACUGUGUGACCUCUUCAUGGUCAAGCCCUCGAAGAAGGACUAUCCUGACUACUACAAGGUCAUCCUGGAACCAAUGGACCUCAGGAACAUUGAGCACAACAUCCGCUCAGACAAGUACAUGACUGAAGAUGCAAUGGUGGAGGAAAUGAAGCUGAUGUUCCGCAAUGCUCGACACUACAAUGAAGAAGGCUCCCAGGUCUACAACGAUGCUGACAUUCUAGAGAAGAUUAUGAAAGACAGACGCAGGGAUCUUGGUCCAGUGACGGAUGAUGAUGACAUAAUGUCCCCAAAGUUAAAAAUAAGAAAGAACAGUAUUACACUGAAGAAGUCCAAGUACUUAACACCCUUACAGCAGAAGCUGAAUGAGCUUUAUGAGGCCGUCAAGAACUUCACAGAUAAACGGGGCCGUCGCCUCAGCACAAUCUUCCUACGGCUGCCGUCUCGUGCCGAGCUUCCCGACUACUACAUUGCCAUCAAGAAACCUGUGGACAUGGAGAAGAUCAAGAGCCACAUGUUGGCUAAUAAGUACCAGGAUGUUGAUGCACUGGUGGAGGACUUGGUGCUCAUGUUCAACAAUGCCUGUACCUACAACGAGCCUGAGUCUCUGAUAUACCGCGACGCUCUCAUGCUGCACAGGGUGCUGUUAGAGACGAGGCGUGACCUCGAGGGAGGAGAUGAUGUCCAUGUUCCUGAUGUGCCCCGCCUCAUCCAGGAUCUUAUCCGCAGCCUCUUUGUCUCUGUGUUCGGCCACCAAGAUGAUGAGGGCCGCUGCUACAGUGAUUCACUCGCUGAGAUUCCCGCCCUAGAUCCCUCAAAUCCUGAGAAGCCACCACUCAACUUUGAGAUUAUCAGGACUAAUGCAGAUCGAGGCUGUUAUAAGAGGCUGGAUGUGUUUCAGGACCACAUGUUUGAAGUGCUGGAAAAGGCUCGACGACUGAAUAGGACCGAUUCUGAGAUCUUUGAAGAUGCUGUGGAACUGCAGCAGUUCUUCAUCCGAAUCAGAGACGAGCUGUGUAAGAACGGAGAGAUCUUGAUGUCUCCUGCUCUCAGCUACACCUCCAAACAUCUGCAUAGUGAUGUGGAAAAGGAGAAGAAAGAGAAGCUCCCCAAGGAGUUUGAGGAGGACAAAAUCAAAAGGGAGGAGGAAAAAAAAGAAGCUGAGAAGAGAGAGGACUCUGUUGGAGGAUCAUGGCAGUCGAGCCUGCAACGCACAUACAGCCAGGACUGCAGCUUCAAGGACAGCAUGUACCACGUGGGAGACUAUGUUUAUGUGGAGCCGGCACAGCCAAACCUCCAGCCUCAUAUCAUCUACAUUGAACGCCUUUGGCAAGACGAUACUGGUGAGAAGUGGCUGUACGGCUGCUGGUUCUACAGACCAAAUGAAACAUUCCAUCUCGCCACAAGGAAGUUCUUGGAGAAGGAAGUUUUUAAAAGCGACUAUUACAACAAAGCUCCUGUCAGCAAGAUUCUUGGCAAAUGUGUGGUCAUGUUUGUAAAGGAGUACUUCAAACUUCACCCAGAAGGCUUCAGAACUGAGGAUGUCUACAUCUGUGAAUCGCGCUACUCUGCCAAGUCCAAGUCUUUCAAGAAGAUCAAGAUGUGGGCCAUGCCCUUGAGCUCUGUUCGGUUUCAUCCCAGAGAGGUCCCCCUACCCGUUGUCCGUGUAGCGUCCAUGUUUGCCACCAAACAAGAGGAGAAACCGCCAGAGAUAGUGGAUGAAAUCAAAAUGCCAGAUGGUAUUGUAGACAAGGAGAAGGAGGAUGUUCCAAUGGAAAUGACCAAUGGGGAGCCAGGGUGUCAGUACCAUGAGCAGCUCAGCUACAACAACCUGUGGCUGAAAGUGGGAGACUGUGUUUACAUAGGUUCACAUGGACUUGUGCGCCACCGCGUGGGCAGAAUUGAGAAAAUGUGGAUGAGAGAUGGAGCAGGCUACUUCUUUGGUCCAAUCUUCAUCCAUCCAGAGGAAACAGAGCAUGAGCCCACUAAGAUGUUCUACAAGAAGGAAGUAUUCCUUAGCAACCUUGAGGAGACUUGCCCGAUGACCUGCAUCAUAGGGAAGUGUGUGGUGUCGUCCUUCAAAGACUACAUGUCGUGUCGGCCAACUGAAGUGCCUGAAGAGAACGUUCUACUCUGUGAGAGCCGCUAUAUCGAGAGUGAGAAGCAGAUGAAGAAGUUUAAGGGUCUUAAGCGCUUUUCACUCUCUGGGAAAGUGGUGGAAGAUGAAAUUUACUAUUUUAGGAAGGUCAUCGUGCCCCAGAAGGAGCCUUCCCCUCUGCUGGACAAGAAAAUUGAGAAACUGGAGGCUAAGUUUGCUGAUAUGACAGAUGAGGAGCUGGAGGAUCUUGGGGAUGACGAUGGCGAGCUAGGGGACCAGUCUCGCCUUCGAAAGCAAUCUUCCAUGUCUAGUGACAUUGAUAUCAUGCCUUACACUCCCCCACAGUCCACACCAAAAUCUAUGAAGGGUCUUUCAAAGAAGGAGGGCUCAAAGCGAAAGAUCAACAUGAGCGGCUACAUCCUGUUCAGCAGUGAGAUGCGAGCAGUCAUCAAAGCCCAACACCCAGACUUCUCCUUUGGGGAGCUGAGUCGCCUCGUUGGCACUGAGUGGAGAAACCUGGAGGGUUCCAAGAAAGCAGAAUAUGAAGAGCGAGCCGCUAAAUUGGCAGAGCAGCAGGAGCGUGACAGGGCCCAGCAUCAGACGUCCCCUAGAGCAGGUACCCCAGUAGGGGCACUGGUGGGGGUAGUGCCUCCCCCAAUAACCAUGGGGAUGCUAAAUCCUAACAUGAUGCAUGCGUCAGAAGGUAUGAUGCUCCCGUGGGGCCUCGGUGAAGGCAUGGUUAGUAUGACUGGCAUGCUACCACAUCUCAUGGGGGGGCCUGUUUUCCCUCAACAUCUCCUCCCUGUUAUGCCUGGGUUCCCUGGAAUGCCGUACUUUGGAGGCAUGGGAGGUGGUCCCGGAAACAUUCAUGGAUCCCAGAUGGGCCAAGGACAGCAGGCUCCGCCACCGUACCCAGGUCAGAUGGGACAACCCGCACACCAGCAGCCCUCCACCCCGAUGUUUGUGUCCCCUCCAGCCAAGUCUCAGCGGCUGCUCCACUCUGAGGCCUACCUCAGAUACAUCGAGGGCUUAUCUGCAGAGUCCUCUACCAUCAGCAAGUGGGAUCAAGCUCUCUCAGUUCAAAAACAAGAUGUGCGCCUCACUAAAGAGCAAGAAAGCAGACUACCAUCGCAUUGGCUGAAGAGUAAGGGCGCACACAAGACAAUGGCAGAUGCACUUUGGCGACUGCGUGACCUGAUGCUCCGAGACACCCUCAAUAUUCGUCAGACGCACAACCUGUAGCAUGCUUGUAUUCUGAGCCUCUGUUCCCACUGCUCCUGUGAGACAGGAAGAGGGCCAAGCUCACUAAUAGUGUUCAAUUUGUUCUGUUGUUUCAACAAUGUUUGUACCUAUGAAAGCUGCUUUCUGUUCUUGAAGCUGUUUUUUGUUUUACAUUUCAGAUAUAUUGUUCUAAGUGCAUUAUUGUCAAUAGCUGUCGUUUCGUGAUGAAUGCCUUCAUGCUUUCACAAUUAAAAUGUGUAGAGCUCAA